CCAAACUCAAUCUAUAGGCUCGAGCCCAUGGUGUCACCCGGCUCCAACGACGACGACGACGACGACGGCCGCGCCUCCGCUGCCGCCGCCGUCUGCUGCAUGUGCGGCGACCAAGGGCUGCCGGGCGAGCUCUUCCAGUGCGCCCUCUGCCUCCGGCGGCUGCAGCACAGAUACUGCAGCGCCGAGUACCCAAGGACGGCGGCGUACUCGGUCUGCAACUGGUGCCUGACGACGACAGAUAAGCAAGUCGGCGGAGGUUCGCCGGCGGCGGCUAAGUCGCUUACGACGAUGGCAAAACGGAGGGCGUCAUCAAGGCAGCUGAACGGUUCUCGUGGUGGCCAUCAUGGCGACGUGGAUCCGUACUCUGGUGGUGGUGGUUCUGGCGGAUGCUCGAGGUCAGCGUUCCCGGCGGAGCCCCAGAAGCCGGUCAAGAAGCCCAAGAAGAGCCACGAGGGGGCGGCGGCAGCGAAAGGAAAGGAGGAGGUGCCGACCGGCGCUAGGACGAAGCCGCCGUUCACUGCGAAGGCGCGAGUGCCGCGGUAUAAGCUCCUCGCAGAGGUGAUCAGAUGAAAUAAUGAAAAUAAAUAAAACGGCGAUGAAUAUCACUUGCAAGCCAUUAUUACUAUUAGCUUGUGGAGAAAAGGUUUUAGGUCACUACUGGAUAAUCCGAUGAUCGCCGCCGGAGCAUCUGGUGGAUUGAAGAUAAACAAAAAAGAGUGCAAGGGACAAAGAGAUUGAACAACAAUCCGCGGGGGCGGCGCAACGCCAAUAAUCGCCAACCUAGCUAGCCCCAGAAUCGGACUGAGAACCGCGCUCGCGUCAGGCAGCUUUGCGUGGACCCGAUCUAAGAGAUCGUGUAUAUGAUCAAGAGUUGCUCAAAAUAGUCUAAGACAUGCAUGCUUAGCCUCC